CUGUGACUUUUGUUGACAGCCGGCCAGCUUGUUUACUUCGGGAGAUAAGAAAAAAGGCUAAAAGGACGCAGUUUUACUUUAAUUUACAAACGUGAAGCGGAAUUAGAAAUGCUUGCGAUUCAAUCAACCAAUUCCGGUGGUAUUCCAGACAAGCUAUGGCAGCCGCACUUUGUCGCGUUUGAUACCACGAUGGGCGAAAUUACGAUCGAAUUGUACUGGAAGCAUGCGCCCAAUACAUGCAGAAACUUUGCUGAACUAGCACGCCGCGGGUAUUACAAUGGGACGCAAUUUCAUCGAAUCAUACGAGACUUCAUGGUACAAGGCGGCGACCCAACGGGAACCGGUCGAGGUGGACAAUCGAUCUAUGGAGCCACGUUUGCCGAUGAAAUUCACAGCGAUUUAAAGCACACUGGAGCCGGCAUUGUGUCGAUGGCCAACUCGGGUCCCGAUACGAAUGGUUCUCAAUUUUUCAUUACCCUUGGUCCAACGCAAUGGCUCGAUGGUAAACACACCAUCUUUGGCAGGAUCCACUCGGGAAUGCAGGUGGUGAAAAGAAUAGGAUUAGUCGAAACGGACAAAAAUGAUCGACCCGUCGAACCGGUGAAAAUUGUGAAGGGAAAGGUGGAAAAAUACUAAAAUAAAUGCGUUUUCAUCGCAAGCAA